UAUAGUUAUUUUAUUUUUAUAGUUAAAAACAUAAAAACUGUCUGUUGGUCUCAAAACGGGGAACGGUCGGCAAAGUAAUAAAAAUGAAAAAUAAAGUUUAUUUCAAAACGCAUUUAACCGAAACUUGUAAGGAUUAAAGGCAGGACCUUUUUCCGAAAAUACAUUUAGUGUUUUAUGGGUCUUUUGUAUAUCCCUUAAAUUUGUAAAGUAAAGGAUCGAUCCUCUUUUUUUGCGAAACAUGAAAAUUUGUCACACAGAUGUUGGGUUUUUCCAAUCCCUACUAUUUUUCACCAAUUUUUACCCCGUUUUUUUGUAUCCCUUCCAUUUUCAAAAAUUUCCCCUCAUGUACUUUGCUUUGAAAACCUCCUACGCAAAGGAGUUUUCAGUUUUGUUAAUUCCACGAAAGUAAAUUGAAGUGCAGUGAAAUUUUGUUUCAAUUAUGGCAAACCAAGAAAACAUUAUUUUUAAAAGUCUAUGUUUAAAUGAAAGAAAUAAAAUCGUCGAAUCGAUGAACGGUCAGAAUAUUAUGUGUAACGUGAUAUCUAAUGAUGAACUAGUUAUUGAUGACAGUAUGCAACCGGAGGUCAAACUUGGUGUAGGGCGAAUGGAAAUAAUAGAAAAAAUAGGCUCAAAUGCUCCAAAGAAUAGAAAAAGAAAGAGGAUGGAAGAUUUACUCCAAUGGAAGAUUCACGAAUCCAGUAUGGAGACCUGGAGAAAAAUCCAUGAAGAAAAAGAAUCUGCAAAACGUCGCAGACAUGAAGAAAAAAUGGAAUUACUUAGUCAGAUUGUUAGAAAACUGGGUUCUGAAUCCAAAAGUUCAGAACCCAAAGUAUAGUAUUCUAUGCCAAGCUAAAAUAAAUUCAAACAUUUUUUUUACUGUCAGAAAAUCGAGUCUUUGUAAUUGACGAAACCAAACUUUCAUUUAUUUUGCGCCAUAAAAUCUCAUAGUGGUUCUGCACUCUACUGGUCAAGUUAUAAAAACAAACGUCACAAGAUGAACUGAGCUUAAGUCUAUGAGGUUAGGUUCUUAAAAAAGUGACAGAAGUGACACAUGACGCACAUGAUUUUUGUAACAUUGAAUCGAAAAUAAACAAGUUUGUUAAAAUUCAAAAAUAACAAUAAUUCAUUAAUUUGAAAUAUACUUACUAAA